CAAGCUCUGGCCAGCCAGAGGGAGUGACAUCUGUAUUUGGCUCCCUCCCUCUGGUCUCACCCAUCCUCACCUUACUCUCCCAUGCUCGUGGGCAGUUAGGCAGAAGCGAUCUGUGGCUCUGCCAAGGACAAGCCCCAUUGGGUUUAAAGAGAAACUCAGGCAAAGUCACAGCCUUAAAAUUUUCACUUUGAAGAAGCUGACUGGAGAAGUGUGGAAAGAUGAAUGGACCGGUGGAUGGGCUGUGCGACCAUUCUCUAAGUGAAGAAGGAGCCUUCAUGUUCACCUCAGAAUCUGUAGGCGAGGGACAUCCUGAUAAGAUCUGUGACCAGAUCAGUGACGCAGUGCUGGACGCCCAUCUCAGGCAAGACCCCAAUGCCAAGGUGGCCUGUGAGACGGUGUGUAAGACGGGCAUGGUGCUGCUGUGUGGGGAGAUCACCUCCAGGGCCAUGGUGGACUACCAGCGGGUGGUGAGGGACACCAUCAAGCUCAUCGGCUAUGAUGACUCUGCCAAAGGCUUCGACUUCAAGACCUGCAAUGUGCUGGUGGCGUUGGAGCAGCAGUCCUCCGACAUUGCCCAGGGUGUCCAUCUAGACAGAAGCGAGGAGGACAUCGGUGCCGGGGACCAGGGUUUGAUGUUCGGCUAUGCCACCGACGAGACGGAGGAAUGCAUGCCCCUCACCAUCAUCCUGGCGCACAAGCUCAAUGCCCGCAUGGCGGACCUGAGGCGCUCCGGCGAUCUCCCCUGGCUGAGGCCCGACUCCAAGACCCAGGUGACCGUCCAGUACAUGCAGGACAAUGGCGCAGUCAUCCCCAUGCGCGUCCACACUAUUGUCAUCUCCGUGCAGCACAACGAAGACAUAACCCUGGAGGACAUGCGCAUGGCCCUGAAGGAGCAGGUGAUCUGGGCAGUGGUGCCAGCCCAGUACCUGGAUGAAGACACCAUCUACCACCUGCAGCCCAGCGGGCGCUUUGUCAUCGGAGGCCCCCAGGGGGACGCGGGCGUCACUGGCCGUAAGAUUAUCGUGGACACCUAUGGCGGCUGGGGAGCUCAUGGUGGAGGGGCCUUCUCCGGGAAGGACUACACCAAGGUGGACCGCUCGGCAGCCUAUGCUGCCCGCUGGGUGGCCAAGUCGCUGGUGAAAGCCGGGCUGUGCCGGAGAGUGCUUGUCCAGGUUUCCUACGCCAUCGGGGUGGCUGAGCCGCUGUCCAUCUCCAUCUUCACCUACGGAACCUCUCGUAAGACAGAGCGAGAGCUGCUUGAAGUGGUGAAUAAGAACUUCGACCUCCGGCCUGGUGUCAUUGUCAGGGAUUUGGAUUUGAAGAAGCCCAUCUACCAGAAGACGGCCUGCUACGGCCAUUUCGGAAGAAGCGAGUUCCCAUGGGAAGUCCCCAAGAAGCUUGUGUUCUAGAGCUGGUGGGAGCUGGGCCUGGCCUGCGGAGGACCUGGCCCCCCUUGGAGGCCUCUGGGUGACUGUGUUCCCCUACUCCAUGAUCCCAACACUCAAACCUCCCAGACACCCCCCUCCUCCUCUGAGGCAAAGCCAGGCCCUCUAAUUUAACCCUAUCUUGCCAGCACUGUAAAUGGUAGGAAGUAGGUGGCUUCCUGGUGGCAGGGGUCCGGUCUCUUUGCGGGGAUAGUCAUAAUGUUCCCCUGCCUCUCUCUCAGACCAGGGUGAUGUUAAUUUACCAGAAAAACCACCCCUGUCAACCAUGCUCCUCUGCCCCCGUGGCCUGGACCCUUAUCAUCUCCCUCCCCCUCCCCUCACCUCUCCCCACCCCACAUCCCGCCCCACAUCCACCCCCCACCACCACCACCCCAGCUUGAGUGGAGGCCACCAUGCCCUGCAGAUCUCAGUGUCCUUGUGUCUGGGCUUGCUGGGCUCUCCACCAUGUCCCCAGCCAGUGGGCUUCACAAAGCCCCUCCCCCUCUGGCAGGGACAGCAGGAACUGAAUCCCCUAAGCAUUACAGUGUGCGAGCCACUGAGCUAACUAAUUACUGACCUCAUUUCUUCUUCACUGCAACAUAAUGAGGUUACACUUUUUAUUAUCCCCAUGCACAAAAGGAGAAACUGAGGCACAGCCCAUGUAAGUCACUUUCACAGGGUAACCCUAGCCAGCGCAUCAGAGCUCCAGUCCAGGAGCCUUGGCUCAGGAGUUCAUACCCACCAGUCUCGUGCCCCAGACAAGCCUGAAAUGUGAAAAAGCGGGUUGAAAUGAGGCUGUGGGCUCUGUACGAAGGGCCUGGGGUUGCUGACACCCAGGGAAUAACCCAUGGGCUCUUGAUGAGCCCUGGGCAGUGGUCUGCAAAGUCCAAGAGGAACCAACGGAUUGUUUCAUUUGCUACCUUUCAGAAGAAGAUUCAGGGUGAGCAGCCUCUCUGGGCCCAUGGGCUGACCUGGAGUCCCAGUUUCCCUCCUCCCACCCUUGCAGGGCCAUGUACGGGUUGGGUUUCCAGACCUCAGAGGAUGGCAGGGUGCGGGGCCAGAUGAAGUACUAGCCCCAAACUCACCUGUGCUUGUAGCACAGGUGUCAGCCCCUUCGACAGGGACACUGCACCGGUGUCCUUCAAGUCUUUCUCCUUCUGUGACUCCUUUGCAAGCCCUGAAGGCUGAGCACUAUUAGCGUAAGUGGGUAGUCUCAGCUGCUGCUUCCAGAGACGCCAGUCCUAAGGUUCCAAUAGCUAAUGUUAGAGACCAAGAUGGCAGGGCUUGCCAUCUAGUGGUGGGCAAGUCGGCUUAGAUCAUGGGAAGAGUCUGUGUUCCCAGGCACUUUUUUGGGGGUGUUGGGGGGUGAGCAGGUCUGCUGCCGGGGGCCUAUGUGGCCCCCAGUGUGCCAGGUCUGUGGCUUCCCUCACUUGCCCUCCUGUCCAUGGCAGCACAACACGCCCAGCUAUCUUCAGCCUGGCCCCUCCUGGUGGCACAUCUACCUUCUCCCCACCUCCCAGGACCGCAGGCUUGGGUUGGGACCUCCGGGAGCUCCAGGAGAACCCUGGGGAGUUGGCUUCUUUCCGGAGUACAUGGUGCUGGCUCCAGCUGGGAAAGGCAGCCCAGGAAAGCUCAUCUGGGGAGCAGGCAGCCGGCACCUGGGCCCUUGGCCUGGAGGAAAGUUCUUCAGGGCAGGAAAAGAAGCCCAGAUUACUAGAAAGCCCUGGAGCUCACGUAGGACAUGAUGCUCUAUUGGUCUCUCCACCAGGAGAAGUCUUGAGUCCCUUCCAGUAGCGGGUAAGUCCUGGGCAGGGUUGGCAGGUGGCUGAUCCUCUAACUGAGGCCACAUCAAAGUGAAAAUUCCAGAUUUUAUACUUUUCCCACCCCCUAGAGAAGAUCUUUUUGGUCAACAUUUUUGUAAACAAAUGUUUGUAUGAAACUAGAGCCUGUAUUUGUUAGUAGUACCUGCACGGACAGUGAAUAAAACCCCAAGGAAAAACUG